AAUGAUGAACUAAAAAUACACCACGUCUACAAUUUUCUUUAUUGGAAGUUUACCCACGAAAUUAUCAUCCGACAAAGGUGUACCCUUCCUAUUUCAGAGGAGAUAUAUUGACGUCAUGGCAAACGGCUCAAUCUUGUACUCAUUGUUCGUCGCUUGUCUUCUCGUCAAGUCGUCCUUUCAAUCUUUACAUCAACUCGAUGGAGAUUCGCUGAUGACAUCCUUAACACUAGACAUGGACAAAUCUUUCCAUGAAUGCGAUCAGAACCUUGAACUGAAAACAGCUUCUUGCAGCAACCUGGACACGGUUCCCGAGAAUCUUUCUGAGGAUACCGAGGUGCUUGACUUAUCUUGGAACAAUAUCACCAAACUCUUGAACUCCUCAUUUGAAGUAUACCCUCUAAUCAACUCCUUGGACAUUUCUAACAACGAUGUAAGAGCGAUAGAAUCCGCCACUUUUUACCCCCUCAAGGACUUAAUGCACCUGUUUCUAUCCGAUAACCCGCAUCUUGUGCUUCCAGCAACAGGCGUCUUUAUGAUGUCUUCACAGCUUUUAUUUCUUAAUUUAGCGUCAUCAAAAUUGAAUUCGCUCCCCAAUGACAUUCUAAAAUGGAGUCCACGUCUAGAUUCUGUAGAUCUGUCCUUCAACAACCUCUCCUUCAUCAAUGUAAGCUCUUGCGACAUAGCCGACAAUGUAUACAUGGUUAAUAAUCGACUACAACUCCUGACGGCGAGAGAUUUUACCUUUGUGUGCCAAACGGAUUUUUUAGAUCUUAGACUCAACCCUAUCCUAUCAGUAGACCCUGAUGUGAUCGCAUCACUACAUGUUCAAUCUUUGAUUUUAGGUGGCUACCCUUUGAGUUACGAGGUGUUGCAGAACAUCAUCCUCGGACUAUCAAAAUCAGACAUCGAACAACUUACAAUCAUGGAUGGUUCUGUUGGUGCGUUUCCUAAAGGUUUCUUUGAUCCUCUGCGCGAUUCUUCUCUCUCUUUUCUGGACUUCGAGAACAACGACCUGAACAGCCUCCAUCCUUUAGUUUUCUCAAAUUUGACAAAACUCAAAAAAUUAAGUUUCAGUGAUAACAACCUCCCCAUAGACGAAAUUCGACCAGACUUUUUCGACGGCAUGAAUGCGUUAAAGGUACUGAUAAUCAACUUCAACCAAGUAAAACAAAUAAAUCCUCACAAUCAGACUUGGAAAGUGGACUUAUCGGAGUUUUACUUAUGCGGUAAUCUGUUUACAGAAAUAUCUGCAUCUGUAUUUCGCGGCUUAGGCAAUUUGACUGUCUUAGAUAUGAGCUCGAACGAAUAUCUCUCUGUCUUUGAGCUGACGGCCUUUUCGGGACUUGACAAUAUUCAAACCAUUGAUUUGGAAGGGUGUCGAUUACAUGUUCUGGAAUUGAACACCCCAUUAUUAAGUUCACUUGCCCUAAACUCUCUUUAUCGCGUCCGGCUUCCUUUUCGACCAGGAGAAUCGUUUAAACAUUUACAAUCCCUUGUUAAUUUAUACAUGAUAGACUCUUUCCUUGACUGGACUUCCCUAUGGAAUGCAACUGCAAACGCAUCUCUUUUCGAUGGAUUAUUGGAUCUUAAUCAAUUGGAAUUGAGUAGAAACCCUAUCCUGAGUGGUAUAUGUGAAAUAUAUCCACAAGUAUUCCGGCAACUCUCUGGUUUACAAGAGCUAAAUCUAGACUACUGCGAUAUUUCAAUUCUACAUCCUCUUGUCUUCUCGGGGUUGGAAUCUCUUCAGAAGUUAAGUUUGGAGGGAAAUGACAUCCAUCAUAUUCAUGAUGAUGUAUUGUCGAGGUUGGGUCAAAUACAAAUUAUCAACUUUGAAGGAAACCGUAUUGUGUACUUGGAGGAGCUAAUGUUCUUAAAUAACUGGAAGCUCACAAAUCUUUCCUUGGCCGACAACAAAUUAACGCACCUUAAUAAAAGCGCUUUCGAGCCGAUCUUUUCCUCCAUUUUAUCACUUGAUCUAUCAAUGAAUCCAAUUAAUUGUAACUGUGAUCUAAAGUGGCUUAUUGAUUGGUUAAAUGGACCUAUACGACUGAAAGACAAGGAAAAUACUAUUUGUUCGUUGGAAUCUCUGGAGCCUCUUCGUGAGAAACCCCUGCUUGAUUUUAAUCCAAAUGAACUCUGUAUAAAGAACUAUGGUCUAUUCUCUCUGAUUCCCCUCGUCUCCAUUAGCGUGGUUGUAAUCAUCGUGCUGUUGUAUCACUACCGAUGGCAGUUGAGGUACAAGCGAUUUCUCUUGAAACUGGCCGUACUGGGCUAUAAAGAGAUGCGAGACGCUCGAGACCACAAUGACUACGAGUUUGACGUGAACAUCAUUUUCUACGACGAUGACGAAGAUGACGACGAAUGGAUUCGCGAACAGCUUCGACCGGCUCUUGAAGAACGGCUUCCACAGUUUCAGAGGAAUGUCUUUGGUGACCAAGACCUUGUGUUAGGUAUGCAUUACUUAGAUUCCGUCGAUUACGUGGUGAGCCAUAGUUACAAGACCAUCAUAGUGCUUAGCAGAGCUGCUGUGCACGACCACUGGUUUAUACUCAAGUUCCGUACGGCCAUGGACCACGUGAGUGACACUCUGACUGAAUUCGUAGUCGUGAUCUUCCUCGAAGACAUCCCAGAUGAUGAAAUGCCAUUCCUAUCGAGGUUGUAUCUCAGUGAUGGCAGGCCCUAUAUUCACUGGACUGAGAACGUGAGAGGACAACAAUAUUUCUGGGAUGAAUUGACCAAAAAUCUUACCAUUAAUCGAAGGACGAAUGACUUGAUCCCAAACGAAUAA